AUGGAGUCCAUCGGCCAGUUUCACCCGUUCCGCAAACUACCAGCUGAGAUUCAGCUCUUGGUCUGGUCAUACUACAAUGAUACUCAGCCGAUACUGCGACAUUGCUUUUCUCUCCAGUCAUCUCGUCGUACUUACGUCGCCAUCGAUGAGGAGAGCAGACUCUCAGUCGAUACCGCGGCGGUCCCUGGCCAGGAGACUGACUUGCCACCCCACCAGAAGAUCCGACUCACAGGCAAGGUGAAAAUUGUGAGCACGAUUCAUCCACCUUACUCCGCAAUCAGAGUCCAGAGCAUGUUCCGCAGAGGCACAACAGUUCCUGUAUGCCCUGCGAUUGUUGUGGUCAACUACGACCGCGAUGUAUUCCACUUUGACCACUCGGACUACGCAUUCCGACGACUUCGGGGAAGACGACGAACGCAACAGCAUACAAGAGAUUGGUUUCGGUUCCUCUACAACCCCAUCACAGCCGGCCCUACAUCGCUCAUCGACAACCAGCACUGGAUUUUCUGGGUCCGCAAGCUCGCACUAGAGCUCCCCUUGCGGAGCCGGGACCUUCAGCAGCCUGACCUUGAUCUGCUGGCUCGCAUGAAGCGGCUGAAGGAGGUCUCCCUCGUGGUUGACAGUAUCCCUAGCGCCAUCGACCACAAUAAUCCCCGUCCUCGUUUUCGACGACACGCGCAGGUCCAGGCGACUCCGCACCACAUCGGCUUUAUGACCCUGGCGGCUUUCAGAGCUGCUUCUGCGUGGCACGUGCAUGUGAAUGUUCCACACGCCGAUGCCGUUCGAGAUGCCCUUGUCCAGCUAUUCAAUGAUCACCACAUGGAUGUGCAUGUCGAGUUGGUCGUCGACCUCUACUGA